CCUGAAGCACUCACUCCAGGAUGGAGCACAGAGAUGUCAUAGGGAUCAGAACCACAUGUGAAACCUGUUCAGAAAGGACUAGCAGCUAGGGCACGACAAAAGAUUGUGUAGUUGAGGAAGUUCCUGUGGGUCUAAAAUCUAAACUGCACUGCAGCUGUUUUGGCUUCUAAUUAUUCAGUGUUGUUGCUUUUGUUUUUGGCUUUUUAUUUCCUCGAACAAUCUGCAUUUACUAUACCCAUUUUUAUUUCCAAAUCUCUAAAGCUUUGCUAAACUCAUCUUGACAGUCUGGUCUGCUGGGACAUUUUUUUUUUUCUGUAUAUUUGAGCAACAAGACAACACCAUCAGAAGACUUUUGAAUUAUGUCUCUCCAUUAGGGAUCCGUUUCUUCAAGUCUACAAAAUUUGAAGAAGUCAUCAUUUGUAGCCAUGUAAAAAUAUCAUUACUCCACACAUUGCAUGAAACUUUGAAAACCCAGAAUUCUUCAGGGUUUGAGUUAAUGCUGGGAUUUAUCUUCCUGUGUCCAUAAAGUGGUCGACCUUGGACCUAAAAGUCUGCUAUAUUGGGACAGAACAAGACGUUUUUGAAGCCUUUGAGGACCAGUCAUCUUGAGUUCGUGUUGUAGAGCUUCACUGAAUGAGACUUAAGAUAUUCUGGACUGUAUAUGUGUACCUGUGUGUGUAAGUUGCGCAUACAGCCAUGGGGAAUGCAGCGGGAAGUUUGGAGAUGUCCCCGGGACGGGAUGUGAAACGGCCCCUGAGCACUUAUGGACAGAAACAGCCACCAGCCCCAAAACUGCCCUUACCACCUGAGGAGGAACUGGAGGAGAGGUUCAGCAUUAUGUUGAAUUCAAUGAAUCUUCCACCCGAUAAAGUGAAACUGCUCUGUCAAUAUGACAAUGAGAAGAAAUGGGAGCUAGUCUGUGAUCAGGAACGGUUUCAAGUAAAGAAUCCUCCCUCGGCGUACAUUCAUAAGCUCAAGAGUGUAUUAGAGCAGGGAGGAGGCAGAAAGUUUAAAAGGAGAGUCCAAGAGUCCACACAGGUCCUGCGUGAGUUAGAGAUCUCUCUACGGACCAAUCACAUCGGGUGGGCCGAGGAGUUUUUAAAUGAACAAAACAAGGGGUUAGAUGUUCUAGUGGAGUACCUCUCAUUUGCUCAACGAGCAGUCACAUAUGACAUGGACAGCUCUGACACUGGAAGUUUUGAUGAAAAAUCUGUUGAAGAUCUAACCACAAGUGCAACAAACUCCCCUACCCACAAUUCCCCACGCUUAGGACGCCUCAUCACCACGAGGAAAGCUCUGCGCUACUCUCGUCUGCUCGGCCAGAAAAACCAUCUUCACCUCUGUAUUAUGUGCCUCAGAGCCAUCAUGAAUUACCAGUUAGGGUUUAAUAAAGUGAUGGCCCAUCCCAGCUGUGUCAAUGAAAUCACCCUCAGCCUCACCAACAAGAGUGCCAGGACUAAAGCACUGGUUUUGGAGCUCCUUGCUGCUGUGUGUUUGGUUCGAGGAGGUCAUGAAAUGAUUAUUGCAGCCUUCAAUAAUUUCAAAGAGGUGUGUGGAGAGAAAACCAGAUUUGAGAAAUUGAUGGAAUAUUUCAGCAAUGAAGACAGCAACAUUGAUUUCAUGGUGGCAUGUAUGCAGUUUAUCAACAUCAUAGUGCACUCAGUAGACAACAUGAACUUUAGAGUGUAUUUACAGUAUGAGUUUACACAACUGGGACUAGACACUAAUCUGGAGAGAUUAAAUGACACUGAAAAUGAGAGACUGCAGGUGCAGAUUCAAGCAUACCUUGAUAAUGUGUUUGAUGUUGGAGCACUGUUAGAAGAUGCAGAGGCCAAAAAUACAAUAAUGGAACAUUUAGAGGAGCUACAGGAACAAAACACACAGUUAAACACUAGACUGCAGCAAUGUGAGAGUGAAGCUGAAGAGAAGACAUCUGAACUGGAGAAACAACUCAUCCAGAGCACAAAAGAGGCUGAGUUACUGAAGGAAAGUCUGAAGGAAGCGCAUGCACAGGUCUCUCAGUUACAGCAGAAGGAGAGAGAGAGAGAUGGAGAGCGAGAGAGAAAAGAAAGAGAGAAAGACAGAGACUCUGCUAAAGCUUUGACUGAACUGGAGAAGAAGGUUCAGAUUCUGAUGGAUCGGGGUCUGAUCCAGAUAGAGCGAUCCGAAUCUGGCGUUCUGGAUUUACACAUUAUAACUGCUGCAAACACUACUGUGCUGCUCCGCCCCUUCACCUUUACCUGGGAGGGAAGUACUGUAAAGACAGGUAAGAAGCCUAUCCAGACCAAGUAUCGAUUGCCACUUUUAAACUGGCAGGUUCUGAUGGAGGAACAGGUGGCUGGCACUGUCUUUAAAGAGCUGGAUGAUGAAAGUGUUCUUGGGGAGUUGAACAUGGAUGUCUUUGAGGAGUUGUUUAAAACUAAAGCUCAGUCUGCUGCUCUUGAUGUGGGCACAAUGAAGAUGAAAGUGGCUCAUAAAGCAUCUAGUAAAAUCUCACUACUGGAGCCCAACAGGGCAAAGAAUCUCGCCAUCACACUGCGUAAAGGGGGCAUGAGUACCGCUCAAAUCUGUACUGCCAUCGAAAUGUAUAAUCUUGAUUUGCUAAACUCAGAUUUUUUGGAGUUGUUGGAACGUUUCAUUCCGUCUGAUCAUGAGCUCAGAUUGAUCCAGAAUUAUGAAAGAGAGGGCCGCCCCCUGCUGGAGCUCUCAGAGGAAGACAGAUUCAUGGUGGCCUUCAGCAAAAUCCCUCGCCUCUCUCACCGAAUCAGUACAUUGACAUUCAUGGGCAACUUCAGCGAAAGAAUCCUGCUAUUACAGCCUCCAUUAAAUGCAGUCAUCGCUGCAUCCAUGUCAAUCAAAUCCUCCAGCAAACUGAAGAAGAUUUUAGAGAUCAUUCUUGCCUUUGGGAAUUAUAUGAACAGUGGGAAGAGAGGAUCAGCGUAUGGAUUUCGACUACAAAGUCUUGAUCUGCUUCUGGACAUGAAGUCCACAGAUCGCAAGCAAACCCUUCUGCACUUCAUCGUCAGUAUCAUACAAGAGAAAUAUCCACAACUGCACAACUUUCACACUGAACUACACUUUUUGGAUAAAGCUGCACUGGUGUCUCUGGACAGCAUCCUUGCAGACGUGCUCUCUCUUGAGAAGGGAAUGGAUGUCGUCUGUAAGGAGUUCCAGCAACAAAAAGACAGCGCUGUCCUCACAAACUUCCUGUCCAAUAACAGCAGUCUGCUGGACUCUGUGGUUAAGGACAGCAAAACUGCACAGGAAGUGUUUCAAUCAGUGGUGGAAUAUUUUGGAGAGAAUCCAAAAUCCACACCCCCUCUGUUCUUCCCUGUUUUUAUCAGAUUUAUCAAAUCUUACAAGCUGGCAGAACAGGAAAAUAAACAGAGGAAUAAGAAUGUAUAUGAGAAUGAGGACAGCCCAAACGUACACAUCUCUGACAUGCCUGUGAACACAUCAUCAAAAAACAAGGUGCACAUGUUGCCACGGUUACCGCAGGUGGAUCUGAUCGCAGAGCUGAAACGCAGGCAGAUGUCACCUCUCGUGCGAGAGGGAAAAGACGGAGCCAUUGAGGACAUCAUCACAGAUUUGAGGAACCAGCCAUAUAUCAGAGCUGAUGGAGGAAGACGAAGCGCCAAAUGGAAACCAACUCAACAGCUUCCUGUGUCAUCCGAUAUCUCCCUGUGACACACAACACACACACACACACACUCUCUCUCACACACACUCACACACACACACACCUCAAAGCAUGAUGAAACCACUGAAAAAUGAAGCCAUAAAACAGUUUACAAUAAAUAUUUAAGCUUAUAAAUUAAGCUCUAUAUCAAAGAUCAACUAAUUAUGUUAAAUUUAGCAGUUCAUGUACUGUGAAUCUCACGAAACCUGUCUAAAAAACGUCCAUAUUUCAACCCAAAAUCAAAAAAGUUAUAUUUUGCAUUAAAAAAAAUUUGCAUUGUGGCAUUAAUUUUAAAUGCUUAAAUAUUUAAACUAUGCAAAUAUUUUCGCCCAAAAUCAUGACUUUCAUAUAGUUGUCGUUUUCCUGUAUUAGAGCAAAAGAAAAAUUGUUUUUUAUUUAAAUCAACCAAGAGAUGCAAGUAUUGUAAUAAUGCAAAUAAAUAAAUAAAUAUUAAUGACCCCCGAAAAAUAGGCUUUUAUUUUGGGUUGAAAUGUGACCAGAACAGGUUUAGUCAAAUUAACAAUUUAACAUUUAACUACUGGAUUUCAACUAUUUUAGUGACACUUCCCAUUGAUCUUUCCAUGAUGUAUUCUUGAAAUAAUGACUGUAAAUCUGCAGCAACUACUGAAGAAAACUAGCUUUGUCAAGUAUGUGUAUAUUUAUUUUUUCACAUGAUUCCUUAAGUUUAUUUCUUUCUAUGUUUGACAUAAUAAUGAAGCUUUUAUACUGGAUGACUGGAACAAUGGGCAGUUUACAAAUAAAAAAAAGUGCAAAUUACAGUAUGGAUGACUUGGCGACAUAACUGGAUCACAAUUAGUGUGUAAGACUUUAGUAGAAUAUAUCCACUUUAAUAGGCACAAAAACAACACAAGAACAUUCAAAACCAACAGUCUCUUGUACAUACAGAAUCAGACAAGGUUUUUUUUUUUGCAACAUUAAAACAUCUUUUGCAUUAUAACAUUUCCAUAUAGAUAUAUUUCUAUUGGUCAACAUUGCAUAUGGUGUUUAUCACAAGAAGUCGUCAAUACAUUUAUAUACAUUCUAUAAGUUGCAUUAAUGAACAAUGUGUCUUGGACAUGUUAAAUCCAUUGGCCACCACCAAAGAGGCUUGGAAUGGUUGAAUGGAUACGAUUUGACCCGUCUACUCACAUAGAACUAUAUUUUAUAAAAAAGAAAAUAUCGUUUUAAAUCCAACUAUCUUACACUAUGUAUGUAAACAGAACAUACAGAGAGACGAUUCUGCAUGCAGACAUUAAGAAUAUCUCUACAUGCAGUUCAGAACUCUCGUAACUCUUUAGUUAAAAAGAAAAAACCUUUACAAAAAAUACCUUAAAUGAACAUAUCAAUGAUAAUACAGUUUAUACACAGGUACACAGUUACACUGUUCUGUUUUGCACAUAUAUUUUGGACAUUUAUCAGUGUGUUACAGCAUAUGGUGCUCAGAUUAAUCAGCGUUAGAGUUAAUUUAUUGUAAUGAAGUCAUUUUAAGACAUAAAACAGAAAUGAGGUAUCAGGCAUCUAAUGUACGACCACCAAACUAUAGCGUAAGCCUUUAUAUUUGCUUUAGCUGAAGGCUGAAUGUGAAUGGUAGCAGGGCAGUUGUAUAUAAACCCUUGGCAUUCAGCAAAUGAAAUAUUGAUGUUCUAAACAGUCUACAGCAGUCUUAUUCACCUCCAACUGGUCAUCCGUUGUACAAAAACAUUGCAUAUGUCCGGCCCAUUGAUGCAAAGUGCUUCACACGUACUGUAUGGGGAAAAUAUGUUCAAUGCAAAAUAUAUGCAUUCAAAAAAAUUAUUCUCUCUAACAGUUCAAAUUCCACUGGGGGAAACAAAUAAAUGUAUUUGAUUCAUAUAGCAUUAGAUCGCAGGUUUCUUUCUUGUACACUUGGAAAAACUCAUAUAAUAAGAAUUCGAUAAGGCAUGUACCCCACGUUAUCAAUUAUUUGAACCUAUUCUCCUUUUUUGAGUAUAAAAAUACAAAAGCUAAUCUUAUAUAAAAUAUCUAGCCUAUACUUCAUAAAUACGUACCGAUUUUUCGUCAAUAUCUUUAACUAUUUAACCAUGAAGUUAGAUUGUUUUGAGUUGUGCUACAGAUAUUUUCUAGUUGGAUAGAGAGCUAGAUAUUUUCUUUACGGGAACGUAAUAUCCAGUACGGUUAAUUCUACACAACCUAUAUGAAUCACCCAGAGAAAGGGUUAAAUCUCAUGAACACAGAGUCAUAUUUCAGCCCAAAAUGAAAAGCGAAAACAUUAUUUUUUUUAAUAAAAUAAUAUUGAAUGAUUCUUUAAUUGAAUAACUAUAUUUAAUUAUUAAUUCAUGUAAUAUGUCAUUUAUAAAUAUAUUCAUUUUAUAUAUAAAAAUGAUUUUUUUUUGGUUUAAUUAUAUUUUAUAUUCAUUUUUAAGUUAUAAUUAAUACAUAUAAGCCUAUUUUUAGGAACACUGGGAUUUUUUUGCAUCAUGACAUUAUUUUCAUGGCAAUUAAGCACAAUUAUUAUUUAUUUUUUUCUUAAUUAAAUGCAAAAAUAAUUAUUAUUUAACUGUGUUUAUACAUCAUCAUGAUUGUAAUAUGUACUGCUUUUAAUGAAUACUGAUUUACACUUAAAAGUAUUGUAUUACAAUAAAGGGGGGAAAUCUAUAUUUUACUGUAAUGAGAAUUUAAUUAAAAUCACCUUUGAGAAUAAUUGGAAUUACAAAAAACGUACAAGGAAAAGGAAUUUGGGGGUGAAAUGUGCUUGAAAAUAAUCUCAUGAUGCACAAAAUCUUAAACUGUCCUCAAAAUAGGCUUUUUUUUUUUUUUUUUUUUUUAAGUAAAAUAUAAUUUCUCGUUACUUUUUUCUACUUUAGAUUUUGGGGUGAAAUGAGACCUGGUCAUUUUUUCAUGGGAGAUUCACCCUAAAAUGUUUUAUAUUAUCAUGUGAUGUUUAAGGUUGCACCUACACACUAGUUGCUUAUAACGGCUUAUUGUUUAAUGUACUAUAUACCGUUUUUUUAUGUUUAUUAAGUGCACAUAUUCGGGUCCUUAUUUGCUACUCUCCAAGCAACUUCUUUUUAUGACACUUUACUAUAAAAUGAGAGUCUGACAAUUCAUACCUUGUCAAAGCUCUGAGAUGUGUUGUGCUUUAGAUGUGUAGACACUUUAUUCCAUGUAUGAUUUAGGCUCGGGGGUCACCUGUGCUUCUCCAGGAUUUCUAGGGUCAUCGUCUCCUAGAGGUAUUCACCUUGGAUAGGAUCAGAUCUCAGGGUAAAGCGGAGCAUAUAGGAGCACUCGGGGCACUGAUAGUCAACAUGCCGGUACAAAAAAGAUUGGCAAUGCAAGGACAGUUUGAGGCAGUAAGGCAAAAAAGGGAAACUAACUAAAGCAAAUAUUAAAAAGAUCUUUUCAGAUUUUGUUCAUAUAAACAGGUUUGUUUUUUGAUACCUGGAUCGCACCAAGUUCUUAUAGUUAUAAUUGAAUUCCUAUUUCUCAUCUCAACAAGUUCAAAAUAUCUUGUGUUUUUAUCUUAUAUCUUAUAAAUGAAGAAAAGUCUAUUUUACUGAAGGGACAUAUAGGGGACUUCUUUUGCUCUAUAUAUGCUAUGAAGUUAGAUACAAACAUGUUGGUCUAUUAUAAGCUCAGUAUGAAUACAAGAGGUUAGGAAAGGAUUGACUGUGGAUAAAAUACAAGCAAGUUAGAACAGGUGAGUGGAUAAAAGAAGAGAGAAAGAAAGUAAUAAUCAAUACAUUGCAAUUUCAGUGCAAUCUUUCCACCCAACACCCUUACCUAAUACAUUUAGCAAUGCAUAUAUUAGUGACUUUGAGUCCUCUUAUGUUAUACCUAUAAUGCUCACAAGGAGGCAGUCUUUUCUUACAGUUAUACUGAUGUCAUAGCUAUUAGGACAGGGAAGGAAUUGAUUUGCAUACCCUAACAAUAUGGUUUUACUACACUAACCAUAGUUGAACUAUGGAAUUUGUACUAAAAAUCAUAACCACAACAUUUACCAUGGUUUUAGUAAAGUAACCAUAUUUGAACCAGGAUAUUUUUAGUGAAACCAUAGCUGAAAAUACAGGAAAACGAAAACUACGGAAAUAAUAAUACAAAUAAAUUAAAAUGUUGUGGUUACUAUGGAUUUACUACAAAUACCAUAUUUCUUCUAUGGUUACUGUAAUCAAACCAUGGUUAACCCUCCUAGUCGAACCAUGCAAUUUGUAGUAAA